UUACUCUAUGCCCAAGGAAGUCGGGAAAAUUUCCAAUCCGAAAUAUGUUUUCCAGCCCGGGCCAGAAAUCGAACCCGCCUUGGUUAUUCCGUGCCUUAACUGACUAGGCUACCUGAGACCCGAAACACUCACCGACGAAUAUGACAGAAAAAUCUUUACGAAAGUGCAGAUGCACAAUAAUCUACAUUGGUGCAUCUGUUUACACAGGGCCGUUUCAUUUGUUCUAAGAAUUUUCCGAGAAUAUCUCGUAGUUGCGGCUUGAUUCGCGCCGUUAAAACUUCCAAGGCUUUUCUUGAACCCACAGAAUGGACAAGUCGUCGUCCGGCAAGCGAUCGCAGGCUAAGCUAUACUCCGAGGAAACCAUUAAAACAUGCAUCCAGAACAUCAAAACAGGCAAAAUGUCCGCGUAUGGGGCCAGCAAAGCAUUCGGCAUUCCAAUGUCUACCAUCCGCUACCGGAUGAGCAAUCGUUGGAAGCAGUCAACCAGACCGGGGCCGUCGACUGUGCUCUCGACCGCUGAAGAGCAGGAAAUAGUCAGCUGGAUGAUCGGAAUGAAAGAGCGAGGCUUUCCUGUUUCGCGUGAAAAUGUGCUGUCUAAGGUUUCCGAAUUUCUGUCGUCGAAUCCAGACAGAGAGAAAUGGUUCAAGAAUAACCGACCAGGUCGAAAAUGGGUUGAAUUAUUCAUGCGAAGAAACCCCGACUGUCAUUGCCUUAUGAAGGCGUUCGAUCCAGUAUUAGCAGCGAGUGAAGGACAUAUCCGAGGAUGGUUCCAGUCAGUGGAAAGCUGGCUUACCAAGAAUGGUAUGCGCGACUUACUGGAAGAUCCAACGAGAGUUUUCAUUGGCGACGAAUUGUCGUUCAGUUUUCCACCGGAAACUAAGGAAAUUUGCCCACGGUCUUGUUCCUCAAAGACUCAAGAAAUCGAGCGAACCGCAGACGUUGAAAACAUAGCGAUUAUGUUUUCUUUCUGCGCAUCUGGUGUUGCCGUUCCACCCAAUGUCGUUCUUCCCGAACAACGUAGCCGCACUGAGCUGACGAAAGAUAUUCCUUUCGGUUGGGGACUAGACGUGAGCAGACACGGAUGGAUGAAUCCAAAUAGUUUCCGUCAGUACAUUCUUAAAGUACUUCAUCCGUUCUUGGUAAAACAAGGCGUUAAAUUUCCAAUCGUUUACUUUGUCAAUGCACACGCUUUGCACAAAGCGGUCGAAGUGGACGAUCUUUGCCAAUCAUUAGGAAUUGUACUUGUAUCUCUGUAUAUUGUAUCCAACACAUCACUGCUUAUGCAGCCGGCAAAUAUCGGCGUUGUUGAGCUACUUAGAAGUAAAUGGCAAAACGUCACAGAUGAGUGGCAUUUGGAACAUCCAGGUGAAGCACUUACGUUGCCGUAUAUGUUUCCGCUUCUGGACAAAACUUUGAAACGAGGAAUCCACACAAGCGCCAUUCAAAAUGGGUUUCGUGCUUGUGGACUGCACCCCUUCAACGUUAACGCCGUAGACUACUCUUCCACGUGUGUAGUACAAAAAACCUAUUCUCAACCCUUAAACAUGUCGCUCCCAGAUGAAUCAGAAGUUCCACACGAUGAAUGGGAACAGAUGGAAAUGCCGGAAGCGGAAGCAUCAUUGCCACCUGAGCAUGUGGCCAUACCCAUUGACAAAAUUUACGAAGCCUAUGACUUAAUCGGUGGCAGCACAAUUAAUAGAAUCGAAGGUGAUAUUAGCAGUCUUACUCGCGAAGAGCGAAUCAUACGAUUUUUCUACCGCGAGUUCGUUCGACCUCAUGUUCAUUUUAACGGGCAUUUUAUGUCGAACGACAGUAACGCCACACAGGUCAGCGCAGACGAUGGGGAACAUUUUCCUGCCUCUAGAGUUAUCGAUACCAACGACUAUAAAAUUAUAAAAAUGGAAAAACAGGAUUCAUGCGACGAUGAUAGCGCAUCACCACCAGAUGGCGAUUCGAAGGCUAGCAUAAUUCAACCCACGAGGAACACCAACGAGGCUCCACCCUUCGAUAUUAAUUCAGACUUCGGUCAUUUUUUCACAUGAUCUCAUCGAUAAGCUUCUAUAAUACAAGCUUUCCAGAGAAUGGACCUAAGCUCUAUUCCUCUUUUUUUUUUGUUCAUUGUACUGGGACUUGUAAAAAUGUUUAUCGAACUCGAAUGUCGAAAUCUAUACAAAAAAUUUCAAUAAUCGAAUUUCUU